CUAUAGCGAUACCAUUGCGAUAGCGUUUUUCUUUGCUCGGGAAUUGCAAUUUAUUGACCAGCAUCCGCGACCAAACCAAAUCCAAGCCUGCGCACGCCCACACACACAUACAUACACGAAAUGAUGAGACAACAGCCGUCGAGUAAGCGGAAAAAAUCCGCAGACAUGCAGUUGCCCUGUGCUUGGCAAGAUUGCCAAGUAAUCUGCGAAGGCGAGUGGCUGCUCAAUAGCCACAUUGCAGACCAUCUGAAGGAGCACCAGCAGGGAAAGCGCAAAUGUGUCUGCGUGUGGAACGAUUGCAUCUUCCAAACGAAUUGUCGCCAAGAGUUCGAACGGCACAGCUACUAUCAUGGCUACUACAUUAAUCUGCUGCUCCAGGGCAAGCAGGAGUGCGAGAAGCAUCCGGAGAUACCCGCCUGCUAUGCGCCCCCGCGCAGUGGCGAUAAGCUGCCGGAGCUUAAACAGAACUUUCAUUGCGGCUGGAGUGAUUGCAAUCGGUCAUUCGUCUCCAUUGUCGAGUUCCAGGAUCACAUAGUGCAGCAUGCAUCGUUCGAGUACGAGAUACAAAAAUCACCAGACGAUGAGCGCCCCAAGACGCAGUGCAACUGGACGCUAUGCAACAAGUUGCUGGAGAACAAAUAUCGCCUCAUCGAACACAUAAGCACACACUCGAACAAGAAACAUGUCGCCUGCUACCACUGCGGCGAGCUGUUCCGCACCAAGACAACGCUGUUCGAUCAUCUGCGCCGCCAGCCGGACAACAAUACGCAAAAGUUCCAAUGCGCGCAGUGUUUCAAAUUCUUUGCCACCGAGAAGCUGUUGCGCGGUCAUGUGGUCCGCCAUGUCAAUUGCUACAAGUGCAGCAUGUGCGACAUGACCUGCAGUUCGGCCAGCUCGCUGACGACACACGUACGCUAUCGCCAUUUAAAGGAUAAGCCCUACAAGUGCACCGAAUGUGAUACACGCUGUGUACGCGAAUCGGAUCUGGCCAAGCAUGUCCAGAUUGUCCAUUCAAAAAUGGUGCAUCAAUGCGAUCAACCCGGCUGUCAAUACUCUGUGCGCACCUAUACCCAAAUGCGUCGCCACUUUCUAGAGGUGCACGGCAACAAUCCGAUAUUCUAUGCAUGCCACUGCUGUGAGCGCUUCUUUAAGACGGGCAAAUCGCUAUCGGUUCAUCUAAUCAAAAAGCAUGGCUUCCGUUUACCCUCGGGCCACAAGCGCUUCUCCUAUCGCAUAGACGAGAACGGCUUCUAUCGGCUGGAGAUGACGCGCAUCGAGAGCCUCGAGGUAACACAGCAGAUCCUUGCGCCCCAUAUCAAGCAGGAGACUGAUUUGAACAUCGCACUGGAGAGCAGCUGCUACGAGAUUGUGAAUCCGAUUGGCACCAAUUUCGAGCGUAUUAUCGUCUCCAACGAUGCCAACGAGGCGCAUCUGGUGGGCGAGGUGACCAUCUCGCUGCCCAGCCUCAACGACGAAGAGUUCUAAAUUUAGCCCAAAAA